GCCGCGUUCAUCAGCCUCGGGCCCGGGCAGCGCUGGGCCCUGGCCGCCCCCCUCCUUGUUGGUCGGGCUUUUUGAUCUCAGAGAAGGCUUUUUGCACAGGGAUAGGCAACAAAAACACGUUUCUAGAAGUGCUCACGCUUUUUUGAAACUGCUGCGUUUCAAACUCGGGAGAACCAGGGGAUAAAAUCUUUGCUUUUAGUGUAAAAGUAAUGGGUGCCUGCCCAGGUCUGGGCCAGGCCGGUGUGUGAGAUCAGGCUGUGCCGGGAGAUCAGGCAGCCCUGCUUGCUUCCCCGAGGCAGCUCCGGCAGGAUAAUGAGCCUUUUCAGUGAGCUUCAUUUCAGGUUUCUUCUCACUCUUUCUCCCUCGCUUAGGACAAGGAGGUCACGCGUACCUGCAGGAAUGGCUUUGGUGGGCAGGGCUGCUGUGCAUGGGAGUUGGAGAAGCAGCAAAUUUUGCUGCCUACGCCUUUGCUCCUGCAACACUGGUAACUCCCCUGGGUGCUCUAAGUGUCCUUGUUAGUGCAGUUCUGUCUUCCACUUUCUUGAAUGAGCAGCUGAAUGUUCAUGGGAAGAUUGGCUGCAUCCUGUGUAUUCUGGGAUCCACAGUGAUGGUGAUCCAUGCUCCGCAGGAAGAAGGCGUUUCCAGCCUUGAGUCAAUGGCAGAGAAGCUGAAAGAUCCAGGAUUCAUUGUAUUUGCUCUGUGUGUCCUGGUGAGCUCCCUUCUGCUUAUCUUUGUGGCUGGACCCCGUUAUGGACAGAGCAACGUCCUGGUUUAUGUUUUGGUCUGCUCUGCCAUCGGCUCACUUUCUGUGUCCUGUGUCAAAGGCUUGGGGAUUGCCCUGAAAGAACUGUUUUCUGGGAAGCCAGUUCUUUCAGAACCACUGGGCUGGGUGCUCCUGGUGUGCCUGGUGAUCUGCAUCAGCAUCCAGAUCAACUACCUGAACAAAGCUUUGGACAUCUUCAACACUUCUGUGGUCACACCCGUGUACUAUGUGCUGUUCACCACAGCAGUCAUGAUGUGCUCUGCCAUCCUCUUCAAGGAGUGGCAACACAUGGUGCUAGACAACAUCAUUGGCACCAUCAGUGGCUUCCUCACCAUCGUGUCUGGCAUCUUUCUCCUGCACGCCUUCAGGGACAUGCCCUUCAGCCCCAACCUUCUGCCCCUCUUCCUGCAGCAAGGAAGGGCCGACCUGCAUGCCUCGUGGAUGAGUGCAGACAGACAUCAGGCAUGUCAGCACCAGCCUCUUCUGCCCUCAGAGGACAAAGGCUCUCAGAGCACAGAGGAGGAAGAGGAGGAGGAAGGCAAAAGUGUGUGAGGAAGCCUCUAAACUGCUAGCUUUCUGCUCCCACUGUUGGCCAGUUCUACUGCAAGGUUGAACAAGCUGCCUCAGCUGCUGCUAGACACUGCUGCAGUAGCAGGAGUUGGCAGUUACCUGUCCUAGGUACGAUGGGUGACCUGCUGCUGCAGGGAGCUGGCAGGGACAGCAGCCUCCUGUGGCUAUGGGCAGGAGCCCCGGGAACCACCCAGUUCCUGGAAACCAGAGCCUCUUCACUUCAGCUGUGGAGAGGGCUGCAGCACUAACACAGUGCUAACCCUUACUGAAUGUGAAGACCACGCAUUUGGGGAGGCCUCACAGCAUUUUUUAAAAGUAUACUUAGAAGAUUAACAGUUAGAAAAUAAUCUAACAUUGCGCUAAGAUUACAUGGAGAGAAGAUGGAUGUCUGGCUUUAAAGAUGACAGACCCAGAAUAUUAAUUCAAAAAUUCCUCUGUCAAGUACUUGUUUUGCUCACUCUGCUAGAAUUUAUUUACAGAUUCAUAUCCAAGAACAGAAUACAGCCAAAACUCGAAAACUUCAGUGGCACUGCCACAUGCUGCUGUGGCUCUUACGGAGGGAGCAACCCCUUCACACAACGUCUGCUGUGCAGGUUGAUGAAGCACCUGCUUACAUAUUCUAUUAAAACCCCAUUUGUUCAGUUA